AAAAAAAAGUAUUUUCGAGAAAUCGAAUAAAAUUGUGGAUUCUUUGAUGUAAUACGUACUAAAUAGAAAAUCAUUUUCUAGUUUUUCAUUGCAUUAACGCAAAUAAUUUCCGAUGCGAUAGGGAAACGACUGAUGAAAUAAUAGUGGCGACCAGUUAAAAGUGUUACAUAAAUGUGAGAAAAAGUGACCUCGAUAAAUUGUAGACCUCGUACGGUUAUGCGGUAGAGCAUUAUUGGUAGUGGAUUUCUUUUCGGAAGUACAUGGCAAAUAGUGAAAUUGAGGAAUAAUCUUGAUAAAAAGUGCUUUACAUAGAGUGUAGAGAAAAAAAAAUUUACCUUGAAAAGAAGCUGUGUAAAACGAAUCGGACUGAUUAGAAUUGGCUAAAAGUCAAAGUUUCUAUCGGCGAUGGAGUUGAGAACGACGAUCUUGAUUGUACUAGUAAGUUGUGUUGGACUGACACGAUCUGAAGCUAUUGCCAUCGAGCAGAUACUGUCGUUAUGCUGUCAGGAAGGAGAAGAAUGGGGCACCCAGAACAGAUUAUGUUCAAGCUUCAACAAAUCGCUGGAACUGGUACCGGGGGAGCUCCGAGGACUGUGCCUUUCGACGAUUGAAAUCUGCUGUUCUAAACAGCACAAGAUUUAUCAAUGUACGGCAGGACAGAUUGCUGCUCGUCAGGGUCUCAGCUGUUCUUUGAAGGGUGAUCAUUCGGGAUCGGAAUUUUAUACGGAUUGCUGUGAAGCCUGCAAAAUUGGAUUGGUUGUCGGAUCCAGCUCAAGCAAGUGCUCCGUAGAACCGUUUGCCUUCGGCAGCCCCUGGGAUGAGGUUUACGAUGGUUGCUGCAAAGAUAUCAAGCAAGGAGAUGAUACAUUUAUUCUGAACGAAGAAGAUGAGAACAACUUGUGCGGUCGCUUUGAAAAUCUUUGUUCGCAAAUUUGUGAGAACACUGAAGCUGGUUCUUAUAAGUGCAAGUGUCAUCAAGGGUACACCCUACUGGAUGAUAGGAAAACUUGCGUACAGAUUACUUCGGAGGACGAAAAUGAGAUCUCCGCAGACGAAACUUCGUCAGACUGUCGACGUGGCUACGAGAAGGACCAACGGACGGGUGAGUGUGUUGACAUUGACGAAUGUGAAACAGGUGACGCUACCUGUGACAUCGAUCGGCAGGUUUGUGUAAAUUUUGACGGAGGCUAUCGCUGUUUGGACAUCCAAGACGUAAAGUGUGAUACCGGCUUCCGGUACGAUCGCAAAUCUGGGAAAUGUGAAGAUAUAAACGAAUGCUUAGAGCAGACUGACGCUUGCAAUAGGGAAACUCAACACUGCAUGAAUGGGCGAGGAAAUUACUCAUGUCAGCAGAAGGCUGUGGAAAAAUGCUUGCCCGGGUACAUCUAUGACAGUGCCAGUAAGCUGUGUGAAGAUAUCGACGAAUGUGAGGACGAUGCUGCCUGUGAUGAGGGAUUUCAAUGUGUCAACAUUAAAGGUUCCUACGACUGUAUUGCUGUUGUGAAAAACUAUCCACUCAGAACGCCGCCAAAGAAAAAGGUUGAAUCCUGUGCUCCAGGGUUCCGGCGCCACAACGAUCAGUGCGUAGAUAUUGACGAGUGUGCAGCUGAUAAAUAUGCUUGCGAUAGUAACCAGGUCUGCACAAAUGAAAUUGGCGGUUUCCGAUGUGACUGCAAAAUCGGCUUCAUGUUGGACCAGGUGACCAAUGCUUGCGUGGAUAUAAACGAGUGUCAAAUUAAUGCUCAUGAAUGUUUGGAAAGUCAGCGGUGUGACAACACGAUAGGGUCUUAUACGUGCAUACGAUUGCAAAGCUGUGGUACAGGUUAUACACUGAAUGCUGAAUCUGGAAACUGCGAUGACGAUGACGAAUGUGCCCUGGGACGGCACAAUUGUGUGCACCCGUACGAGUGUUUCAACACGAAAGGAUCGUUCCGAUGUCGACAGAGGUCAAGGUAUGCACCGGCCGUAAGUAGCCCUGCUAGAGGUGGUACUAGUACCAGUACUAGCACUAGCACAAGCACGAGCACUACAACUACAGCUCGGCCUGUCUAUUUCACGCAACCAACCAGGACUACCGGCUCAUAUUUGCACUCGUAUCAUCCGGUAGGAGAACAGGUUGAGUACAACCGAUAUCUUGGGUCAUGUGGGAUCGGAUUCGAACGGAAUUCUCUCGGGGCUUGUGUCGACAUUGAUGAAUGCUCACGACCAAAUGCUUGUAAACCGAAUCAACGAUGCGUUAAUGGCAAUGGAUCCUAUAGGUGUUAUGAUUUGCUUGUAUGUCCGAAUGGGUUCAUGGCAAGCAACGAAGGAACCGAGUGUGUAGAUAUCGAUGAAUGCAACACCGGUGAAGCAAAGUGUGGUCCUGAUCAAGUCUGUAAGAACAAACGGGGCGGGUACGUGUGUCUAUGCCCACCGGGACACAUUAUCGGUAGGAAUCAUCGUUGUGAGGACGUAAACGAGUGUGAUCUUCAUAAGGGUAAGGUGUGCCCGCAGAACUCGGACUGUGUUAACACGGUUGGAUCAUAUAUGUGCGACUGUAAAGUUGGAUUCCGGAAGGAUCGUCCGGAAGAUCUUGUGUGUACUGAUGUAGAUGAGUGCAGUGAAAUUAACGGACUAUGUCAUCAACGGUGCAUCAAUUAUUGGGGAUCUUAUAGGUGUGGUUGUAAUCCUGGAUAUAAGCUGGCCGCCAACAACCGAACCUGCGACGAUGUUGAUGAGUGCGAAGAGUAUAAGGCUAAUAAUUUGUGUGUGGGAUUCUGUGAAAAUACGCCAGGGUCGUACGGCUGUCGAUGUCCGCAGGGUUACACACUUGGCCAUGAUGGCCGUAGUUGCAUCGAUAUCGAUGAGUGUGAGACGAGAGAUGUAUGCACGGCACGGAAUGAAAUUUGCACUAAUAUUCGCGGUAGCUAUCGCUGUACUCGUAUCAAUUGUCCACAUGAAUAUGAAAUCGAUCCCGAUAGGAAUAACCGCUGCCGACGUACGACCAAAUAUUGCAAUCCCGGUGACCUGGAGUGUCUGCGGAAGCCAACAUCCUACUCAUAUAACUUCAUAACGCUAGUUUCGAAUAUGCCGGUGCAACCCUCGGGCCGAGCUCUGUUCAAUUUACGAGGACCCACCUGGUACGAAGCAAUCGACUUCGAUCUAAAGGUGGUUUCGGUCGAUGCACCGCCGAAUGUUCGUCCGGCGGAUCAGCGAUUUUUCAGCAUGAACAAACUAUCCAACGAGGUUUUGCUGAAUCUUGUUAAAAGCAUAGAAGGGCCGCAGGAUAUUGAGCUGGAGUUGAGUAUGUUAGUUUUCAAGGAUGGACAGCCGUUCGGUUCGAAUAUCGCAAAGUUAUAUCUGAUGGUUUCGGCAUAUGAAUUUUAAAUUUAUUAAUCCUGCCCAAAAAUAAAUUCGUUUGCUUAACUUGUUUGGUUUUGAAUUGAUAAUGUGAAGAAUACAGUGUUUCCUUAGAUAAGGUUUUUUAAGAUA